GCAAGCCUGUCAUUUUACACAGGAGAAAGGCCGUUGACCUGCUCAGACAGUGGGAAUGGAUUCACUCAGUCAUUUCAACUGAAGGUACAUCAGCAAGUUCACACUGGGCAAGGCCAUUCAUCUGUUCUGUGUGUGAGAAAGGAUUCUGCCGGGCAUCCCACCUGUGGACAAACCAGUCAGAUCACACUGGGCAGAGGCUGGUCAUCUGCUGAAUUUUGGGGAAGGGAUUCUCUGGGUCAUCUGACCUAAUGGCACACCAGUCAGUUCACACUGGAGAGUGGCCAUUCACCUGCUCAGACAGUGGGAAUGGAUUCACUCGGUUAUCUCAACUGACGAUACAUCAGCAGGUUCACACUGGGCAAGGCCAUUCUGUGUGUGGGAAAUGAUUCUGUUGGUCAUCCCACCUGUGGACACAUCAGUUAGAUCACACUGGGCACAGGCUGUCAUCUGCUGAAUUUCGGGGAGGGGAUUCUCUCGGUUAUCUGAUCUAAUGGCUCACCAGCGACUUCACACCAGGGGGCGGCCGUUCACCUGCAUAGUCUGUGGGAAGGGAUUCACUCAGUCAUCCCACCUACUGAGCCAUCAGCGAGUUCACACUGGGGAGAAGCCGUUCACCUGCUCAGUCUGUGGGAAGGGAUUCACUGAGUCAUCCAACCUACUGAGUCAUCAGCGAGUUCACACUGGAGAGAGGCCAUUCUCCUGCUCAGUCUGUGAUAGGAGAUUCACUGUGUCAUCCCACCUAUUGGUACAUCAGCGAGUUCACACCGGGGAGAAGCCGUUCACCUGCUCAGUCUGUGAGAAGAGAUUCACUUGGUCAUCCCAACUACUGGCACACCAGUUUGUUCACACUGGAGAGAAUCCGUUCACCUGCUCAGAAUGUGGGAAGGGAUUCACACUGUCAUCCCGCUUACUGGUCCAUCAGCGAGUUCACACUGGGGAGAAGCCAUUCACCUGCUCUGUCUGUGGGAAGAGAUUCACUGCAUCAUCCAACCUACUGGUACAUCAGCGAGAUCACACUGGGGAGAGGCCAUUCAUCUGCUCAGUCUGUGGGAGGGGAUUCACUCAGUCAUUCAGACUACAGAGUCAUCAGAGAGUUCACACUGGGGAGAAGCCGUUCACCUGCUUAGUCUGUGGGAAGAGAUUCACUGAGUCAUCCAGCCUACAGAGACAUCAGCGAUUUCACACUGGGGAAAAGCCGUUCACCUGCUCAGUCUGUGGGAAGAGAUUCACUGAGUCAUCCAGCCUACAGAGUCACCAGCGAGUUCACACUGGGGAGAAGCCAUUCACCUGCUCAGACUGCGGGAAGAGAUUCACUGAUUUAUCCAACCUACAGAGACAUCAGCGAGUUCACACUGUGGAGAAGCCAUUCACCUGCUCAGUCUGCGGGAAGGGGUUUACUGAGUCAUCCUACCUACAGAGACAUCAGCGAGUUCACACUGGGGAGAAGCCAUUCAACUGCUCAGUCUGUGGGAAGAGAUUCACUGAGUCAUCCAGCCUACAGAGUCACCAGCGAGUUCACACUGGGGAGAAGCCAUUCACCUGCUCAGACUGCGGGAAGAGAUUCACUGAUUUAUCCAACCUACAGAGACAUCAGCGAGUUCACACUGGGGAGAAGCCAUUCACCUGCUCAGUCUGCGGGAAGGGGUUUACUGAGUCAUCCUACCUACAGAGACAUCAGCGAGUUCACACUGGGGAGAAGCCAUUCAACUGCUCAGUCUGUGGGAAGAGAUUCACUGAGUCAUCCAACCUACAGAGACACCAGCGAGUUCACACUGGGGAGAAGCUGUUCAUCUGCUCAGUCUGUGGGAAGAGAUUCACUGAGUCAUUUAACCUACAGAGACAUCAGCGAAUUCACACUGGGGAGAAGCCGUUCACCUGCUCAGUCUGUGGGAAAGGUUUCACUCAGUCAUCCCAACUACUGGCACACCAGUCAGAUCACAACAGGGAGUGGCCGUUGUUAUGAAUUCCUAGGUUUCGU